UAGGGAUUUGGAAUGGGAUAAGGAUAGCUUCGAUGGACGGGAGUAUCAUUCCUCUGAGAAUGAUGAGGAGUAUAUGGACAAGGAAUUCGAGAAGAAAGCCCGACUUUACCGUCGCACGGUCAUCGAAACCAAGGGUUUUUUCGAGCCAAGUGACAAAUUCCCACCUUACCUCUGGGCUGGGAUUGCUACAGUCCCGGGUCUUGAUGACAAAAUGCGUCGAGGUAUCACAGUUCGUCAGUUCCUAGCAAACAUGGUAUCUCUUUGUCUUGACAAAUAUAACAAAGAAAAGGGAUUUAAUGUGAUUCUCGAGCAUGUUUUGAGGGCUAAUUUCAAUCCAGGGGGCUGCACAAAGUACUACAUCACUUUUGCUGCUAGAGAGUUUGACUCUCCUGAUGCACCUCUAGUUGAGUAUCAAGCUAAAGUGGCUUGGUCUGCUGGCAUUACUUAUCCCAUCCUUUGCAGACCCACUUCUCCACCAAAAUUCGUUGAAAGAGAUCAAAUGAAAGAGGUAGCCGACGAGGUGAUGGAAGAAAGCAGUUGAAGAAUUUCACAAGGCUGUUUUCUUUAACGACUCUACUAAGUAGGAUUGUGUAUAUUACCCCGAUCUUUCUGAAUGUCGCUUAAGUUUAUUUCGUUGAUUGAGAUUCAUACUCCAUUUCUUAUCUUUUGCGUUGACCUUGAAGUAGAUUUUGACGACAUUAUUUCAAAUAUAUAAAACAUCUGUUUUGGUC